AUGGUGAGAGUUAGCGUUCUGAAUGAUGCGCUCAAGAGCAUGUACAAUGCAGAGAAAAGGGGCAAGCGCCAGGUCAUGAUCAGACCAUCAUCCAAGGUCAUCAUCAAGUUUCUUUUGGUGAUGCAAAAGCAUGGAUACAUUGGUGAGUUCGAGUAUGUUGAUGACCACAGGGCUGGUAAAAUUGUGGUCGAACUGAAUGGACGGCUUAACAAAUGUGGGGUUAUCAGCCCUCGUUUUGAUGUGGGUGUUAAGGAGAUUGAAGGCUGGACUGCAAGAUUGCUUCCAUCUAGACAGUUUGGAUACAUAGUGCUGACAACAUCUGCUGGCAUUAUGGAUCAUGAGGAGGCAAGGAGAAAGAAUGUCGGUGGUAAAGUGCUUGGUUUCUUUUACUAG